ACUGAACGUGGCGUCGUUGGCUACCCUGGGGUGAGAAAAGCACGGCUGUUGCUCGGUUUGUUCAGUGUGGGAGACUGCUGUGUGAUAACAGUGUUUGUGGCGUCUUUGAACUGAAAAAAAACAGGACUUUAUAGACACUAGCUCUCCCCGCUUCGUAACACAUAAGACGAUGAAUGGUAAGUCAACGAACGGCACGCUGGGGGGAAUGGCCUGCAUCGAGGGUCUACCGCCGCUGCCGAAGAGCCUGAGCGGGUUGCUGAACUCAAGCGGCGGCUCCUGGAGAGAAAUGGAGAGGAUGUACGUGAAGAAAACCAUGAUCCAGGACGACCUGAGCCGAGGCAGGAACAAUGCCGAUAACCUGCUGGCCAACAAGCCGGCCAACCUCGAUGCAGCACUGGCUCUGCUGCGAAAAGAGAUGGUGGGUUUGCGUCAGCAGGACAUGUCCCUGCUGUGCCAACUGUGGUCGCUCCACGAGUCCAUCCAGGAGUACAAGGGGAGCUGCCAGGACCUGAGCGCAGCCUCCAGCCUCAGCAUGAUGGAGAAUGGCUACUUUGACGAGGAUGACGAGUAUUACCCGGAGCCUGGUUCCACUCCCACCGGGGAACAGCCGGAUGGAGACAUUGGAGAUGGGAUGGCAACAAUGGGGGCAGCCAAGAAUGGGAGCGGCAGUGGCAAAGGGGACAGCUGGGACUCCUUUCGCGUUAACAUCUGAGGCCUCGUUGUCAGCAUUUUUCUUAGUGUGGAUGCAUAUUUUUGGGUUGACAGACUGGAUUAGGCUGGAGGAGAAACCUUUUUGGCCUCCAGGGAGGGAGUGGCUGGUGAGAGACUAUGGCGUCUCAUGGAACUGUAAAACUCCAGCUACCUUAAACACCUCCUCAGGUCAAACAUCCGCCUGCUUGUGUUGCAGAACGUUGUUUUUGCAGCGUGACCAGGAGCUUCAUCAAACUGCAGAUCUGAGUGAUCAGAUAUUUUGAGAAGUUACUCUCUUAACAACCUCUGAAACACUCAGGGGUUGGGAUCAAUUGUAUCCAGCGACUCGAUAUAGUCAAAAUUCGGCAAUAUAUAGACACACACACUUCUUUUUGUAAACAGCUUUAUUGCUGCUUCUAUGUCCAUUUGUUUUGUUAGACAGUCACUUUCUUUUUGGCUGAACUUUUUUUUUUUUUUAAUUUACAUAUACAAAAAUAUAUGAACAAAGUUUUAUUAUUUAUUAUAUAAUAUAAAUAACAAAAUAUUUGCUUUCCUGUUACACUCUAUUGACGUUUUCUACUGCACCGUUCCUCAGCAUUUACAGGUUGGAAAGAAUCCCAGAAAUCCAGAGCUUUGCAAUCAGCAUUGGUGCAAAAAGAUGACUGACUCUGUGGACAUAUUAAUGGAGACAGUGUGUGUGUGUUUCUUCUAAGUGGUGAAAACAUUAAUUUACAUCAACCCUUGGGGUCCAACCAGAAGUAGUAGUAUGGAGAAAGAGAUGAGGUCCUCAUAUCCAGUGAGUUUGUGUGCAGGUAUGAGGUCUUCACCGUCCUGCCUUUAGGUGGAGCAGAUAUCUGCUCAGGAAAUGUGAAAUCUUCAGAAUGCUGGAAACAGUUUUAACUGUUUGCAGAGGUGAAAAACCCCAAGCCCAGUGUGCUGUGUUGCAGAUAUAGUGCUUCAGCACUUUACAGGCAUAUCAGACAUGUGUCUGUUCUCAGACUUUGUAGUGUUCAGGACACAUCUGCCUGAAUUUAACUUUCUGCUUUAAUAUUAGCCAUCUUUAAGAUACAUUUACUUAAAGAUUAAAACAGAACUCAGCUUAUUUCUGGAUCUUGGUUUCAUUGUAUUUAUCAAUUUAAGUGGGGGUCCGCCCCAAUCAAGGGUUGGCUGGUUCAAACACUGAACAUUCAGAUAUUAGUUUCUUGAGGGCAGUAUUAACAUGAAUAGAAAUGCAAAGACUACCUAAGUUGAAACAAGAAUUAUUCUUCAAAAGAAUAGAAUAAUAGAAUAAUUCUAUUAUGGAUGAUAAUGAGCAUUAAAAGAAAUUAUGAAGCCACAUAUAAAUAUGGCCAAAAGCUGAGCUGUGAUCUGGUAGCUGGAACAUUUUUCAUUAUGGAAACAAAAAAAAAAAAAAUCUACACAUUUUCUCACUUUUUCAUGGUGCAGUUUGUUUUUAGACACAUUUUUUUUUAAAUGGGACCUAUUGUGCUGAUAUCACCUCCAUGCUGGCUUUGCAUGAUUCACAGUUUACAGUAAUCUUUCUUUGUCUUAUAUUGGGCUGUGGUGCAACUCUCCUGUUCAUCUUUUAAAAAAAAAAAAAAAAAAAGCAAGUUUUAUUGCCUCUCUUCUGAUUGGCUGCCCUUCACAGACAUAAGGUUUGAACAGCAACCAGAGCUGUGUGUCUGAGAUGACCACAUUGUCAUCAUAAAGAUCCAAGAGUUUUUAAAAAAAGAAAAAAAAGCAAAGCCUUGCCCUUCAUGGGGAUUUCUUACUGACCUCCUUUUUUAUUUAUUUAUUUUGUUCCUUUUGGAAACAUUUUUGCAUAAUAGGUCCCUUUUAACUUUCUCUGGUCCCUGUGGCCUUCAGAUAUCACCCACAGUGUAAAUAAACAUCUGUAGCUCUAAACCUAGUAGCAACUAUCAAAUGAAAACCCAGUGCUUUAUACUCUUAUGCAUCGAGAUCUUAACCAAUCUCAUUUUAGCGUCAUGUGCUCUGUUGAGUGUGACAGAUGCCCGUGCAGGAUUAAGCUCAUUUUUAAGUCAUCCUUGAGGAAUAUAAAUCUGAUUAUAUCAGCAUUUGGUCAUCUUUGCAUACGUUAUAGGGGCUCUUUAACGAUCUCUGCUUCCAUUACAAUAUGACAGUGGUCAUUAAUAAGAUUGUAACAAAAAAAAAGUGCUUUUGUUUUUGCUUUGGUUGGUUUUUUUUAAUCAGAAGAACUUGCCUUCAUUGCCUCAUCUAUAACAAAAAAAGUUAAAAGUCCUUCAAUCUAAAAUCUAAACAAAAUCUAAAAUCUUGACUGUUUAAGACCUUUGGAUGUGAAAAUCCUCUUAGUCAACACAUGAAUGGUCUACUCAGGCUUCCUAAGUAUCUAAACUCUGCAGCAAAGGUCUCAGCUCAGCCUGUAGCAUACAACACAGCUACAGACACAGUACAGCAGCUGUGCUGUCAAUCAUAAAUUGAGUUUCUGAACUCACCAUCACUUUGAGAAGAUAUAGAGGGUUCAUCUUUGCACAAAUGUGCUCAUAUUUCGUCACCUGUCUGUACGUCAGUCCGCUAUUUGAACACAAACCAAAGAGAGUACGCCACUCAGCAUUGUAUUUGGUUGCUGAUGUAGGUGGGAUCUGGCUAUGUUGAACUUAAAACUUAACAUCUGGUGUCUUGACGAAUGUCUUUAGGAAUUUUUUGAAGCUGAUGAAUGAAGGACAUUUGGUUCGCUUUUUGAACAGUUGGCCGCCUUCUUCCCCACUCAAAUACCAGCGUUUUCAGUUGACUGAAUUAAAAUGUCACCGACCAGUGAAAGUCUAGAGGAUUGAUUUAUGACAAGUAUGUGAAGAGUCAGAUGUGUCGCAAUAACAUGUGGAUAUGAAACCAUGUUUCCACAAGCACAGUAACCCUUGAUCUUUUAACUUCUCACUAAAAUCUGUCGACAUCAAGAGUUUCUAACUGAUUUAACUGGAAUAGUCUGGCAUUUUGGGAAAAUGUUUCAGUUACAUACUUCAUCUGUUAAACGUAAGGUCAAACCAGCACAAUCACCAGAUGGGGAAGUAGCUAGCAUUACUAUGUCUUACUGCCUCCAUUUCCCAGACAUGGAUUAAGCUGAGAUAGACCAUAAACUUUUUCCGCUGGAGGUCUUCCUAGGAUUUAGUCUGGGAGGAGGUUUAAUCCGUGUUGGAGAGUAACAAAAUCCACUGGCAAGCACUUUUAAAGUUGCCACUUUGACAUAGUUUUGCUGUUAUCCAUAUAACCUGGACCUGGUGAGUAAAGUAAUUUUAAACAUUACCAUCACAUGGGGACACAAAGUGAACAAUGGUUGAUUGUUUAUUGAGCAGGAUGAAGUUUGGGGUGGAGCAAAGCUAAACUCUGUUGUCACCAUAAAAGGAUGCAAGUUCUCCUUGAGGUUUAUCAUAUAUCUUUUUUUCCUGAUCUAAGCUUGGACAAACUUUUUUUUUUUUUUUUGGCCUCUUGCAUAUGUAACUACUCACUUUUAUUCUGAACCUUUCCAUAAUGCAUUUGCAACUUUCUGACUAGUCUUAUUAUUUAACAGAAUCCAUUGACUUUGGUUCCAGUGUUCUGAUAAGUUGGAAUAAUUGUUCUCUGUUUCUCUCUGUUGCUUUUUAUGAUCCACAUUUAGUGAAACUUAACUUUGUCUGUGAAGUACACCUGUAUGCGACUGCUGCCAACAUUUCUAGUCGGAUUACACAUUUAGGGUCAGGUAAAGCAGCUGUUUUACUACUGCAGUCUACUGCUAAUCUGAAGCCGAAAGCACGUUUAAUUAAACAGUUUCAAACCACUGACGUUUAAGACACGAGUCACAUCUUGAUCCCAGGUUUUCUAUUGGAUGUCUACCCAAUUAGUGCCUUUUUAUAAGAUGUUCAAGAUGGGAAUGAACAUAUACCAUAAGUCAUAUGAAUUGCUUGGCCUGUACUUUGGUUUUUAAAGCUGCUACAUGUGGAAUUUGAAACAUAAUGACUUUAGCAAUCUCACAAAACUCAUUCUGAAGCUGUGCCAGUAAUAAAUUAAUGUCAUGCUGACAUGUCGCUCUCCUCCAACUCCAAUGAGUCCCUAAUUUGGAUUGGCUUUUUCACACUCUGUUGUUAAUUAUACUCUUCUCUGUCAAAAGAUUGUUUGGAAUUUUAUUGGCAGGGAUGCAGCUGUUGGGAACAGUGUACUGCUGACACCCUCUGAAAUUUGAGUUGCUCUAGCAAAAGUGAGACAUCUCUCUUCCUGUUUUGGUUGAUGCUUUGAAGAAAUUGUACACCUCAAAAUAAAAGGACCCUAAUGUAUGGCGGUUAUUUCUUCAGAAUACAACUUUAAAGUACACGUAGCAGUUUUACCUUCAAGAACUUAUAUCAGCCUUAAAGUCAGCUGAGGCAUUUGCAAACUGAGCUAGGUGGUGCACUCCUCACUUGUUCUUCAAGUCUGUUUUUUGCACUUGUUUGUGCCUGUUGCUGUGUUAAAUCCCCAAAACUACAACUACCUGACUUUCUUUGAGUUUGUCACUACUACACAGGUGCAUGGUGCUCUUUGUACGCUUACACUAUUGUAGCUUAACCCAGCACGAGAGAGCUAAGAAGAAGCUUUAAAUUGAACACCAGCAAAUUGUACUUAAUAUUGUACCGUUGCCACAUGCGUUGCCUGUUCUGUACACUAAAAUAUGCCCCUUUUUCACAUGAUUAUUGGAUGUGUAACAUGGAGAUUUCAUCUCAGGGUAAACUUAAAAAAAAUUUUGUUGUUUUUUUGGGUGGUUUUGACUCCUGACAAAAUAGCAUACUUCCCUUAAACAAUGGCUCUCGAACUAAAGGUGAACAAUGCUAUGUCACACCCACUUACAGUGAGUCAUAAUUAUGAUUCAGUGGUUUGGUGCAAGUCUCAUAAUCAACGGGCAAACUUUGCACCAACUUUGAACAAUCAGGAGGCGAAGACGCCAAGUGCAAAACAACCACAAAAGCUUGACAUAGUUUGACUUAAGUGUGGAUUACUGCUGCAAUCACAGUCACGCCUGAGCGUUCACACCCAUGCUGUAGUGGUUGUGAAAAGCGUUUUGGAAAACCUAGUGAGGGUUGUGCUUGAAUGGAGAAUAACUUGAACAUUACUUCCAAUGAGGAAAAAAAAAUAGCUGAAGGUGUGUAAUGUGUGUGCGCCUUUUCUGCAGCUGACCAAAUCUGACCUGUGUCCAAACCUGGGUUUGAAAACGUGAUUGAGCCAAGACAGUUCAUUAUUUUACAAGUGACAUGUUUAUCAGUAGGAUUGAGUAUGCAGCUGUAACCUAUUGAGGAAAUCACAGAAGUAAAUGCAAUUUCAUUCGUGUUUGUACUUUAUAUCUCUUAUCGUAAUCGUUCAUUAACUUGCUUUAGUGAAAAGAAGGAUUUUAUGUAUUGUUUUUUUGAAUAAGUAACAUUCGGAGAACAUGUGAAGGCUGUGUUGCUGCCAUCUAUCAUUCCUCCUGUUCUCUUAUCCAUGAAUGACCAUACUGCUGUUUGUUUGGACAGUACUCUCUCAUAGUUAUUAUACUGUUAUGAAUUUAAUAAAGCGGUUCUGUACUUUU